ACUCCAGAGAUGACAACUUGAGGUGCAAGGCAAUCCAGAGUCCACAAGGCACAUGGCUAGGUCCACGUGUGCUGACUUCCUUGCUGACUGCUGCUGGAAAGAACAUGUGGAUGUCUGUCGUCAGAGUUGUGCCGAAGGAAAGCUCAAAGGGAUGAUGACAGCUUGGCUUUUUUUUCUUCACUAUCACUCAGCUGCACUGAAGCCCGAUGCCUCUGGUAGCCAGUGGUGGAGCAGUGAGAAGCUGGUUUUGUUGCUGCGCUUUUACAGGAGAAGCCUGGCUGCAUUAACUCUUACAAAAACAAGCACCUAGACAACUCGAACAAAACCCAGUGAUGGAGGUCGGCUCCACAGCAGCCAGCAGCAGCUCCCAGGGAGGCACCGGCUGGCUGGAUCUUACUCUUGUCACCUGCACUGAAACCGUGACUUUCACUGAAGUGGUGACAGAAGAGGAGUGGGGAUCCUUUUACUAUUCUUUUAAGACAGAGCAGCUGGUGACUCUUUGGAUUCUCUUUAUUGUCACAAUCACUGGAAACGCCAUUGUACUCUUCUCUACCUGGAGGAGGAAGAGGAAAUCCCGAAUGACCUUCUUCGUUAAACAGUUGGCAAUCACAGAUUCAUUCACAGGACUCAUAAACAUAAUGACGGACAUCAUUUGGCGCUACACUGGAGAUUUCAUGGCUCCUGAUAUCGUUUGCAGAAUUGUUCGCUACUUCCAGGUGGUCCUUCUAUAUGCCUCAACUUAUGUCCUCGUGUCACUAAGCAUAGACCGGUAUCAUGCCAUAGUUUACCCAAUGAAGUUCUUGCAAGGAGAAAGACAGGCGAAAGUUCUUAUUGGAGUGGCUUGGAGCCUCUCUUUCCUGUUUUCCAUACCGACAUUGAUUAUUUUUGGGAAACGGCAGCUCUCCAAUGGGGAAGUACAGUGUUGGGCUCUCUGGCCUGAUGACUCUUACUGGAUACCUUACAUGACAGUGGUGGCUUUCCUGGUGUACUUCAUUCCUUUGAUCAUUAUCAGUGUCAUAUACUCAAUCGUGAUUCGAACCAUCUGGGUGAAGAGCAAAGCUCAGGCUGUCAUCAUAUCCAGCUGCCCUGGUGGGAAAACCUCUGCUGGCUACACCAGUCGUGGGUUCAUAUCCAGGGCAAAAGUGAAAGCAAUCAAGUACAGCAUCGUAAUUAUCCUUGCAUUUGUUCUCUGUUGGAGCCCUUACUUUCUUUUUGAUAUCCUGGACAACUUCAACGUAUUCCCUGAGACCAAAGAGCGCUUUUACGCAUCCGUGAUCAUUCAGAACCUGCCAGCCUUGAACAGCGCUAUCAACCCCCUCAUCUACUGCCUCUUCAGCAACCAUCUCUGCUCCCCUUUUGAGGAGAGAAGAACACGAAGGCUGGAGGGAACUUUCCGGGACAAGAGUGAUGGAGGGCGGGAGAUGCAGGUCCUGUCCAAACCAGAAUACAUCUAGCACAGAUGAUGCCCCACAAAGCCAUCCUGGUACAUGUACCAAGGAAAGCAGAGGUCCCCCACAAGCCCCAAGCACCAUGAGCUGAUGGACACCAACUGGAAAUAGCCUGCACCUCACUGCUGCUGAACAGCACUUACAUUUUGGAUCAGCACUGCAGCUUCAGCAAUUGCACACUGCCAGUGACAAAUUCGGUCCAAGGAGUUUGCAUGCCACUCCUGUGGGGGCUCAUUUUGGCCAUCUGCUUUCUAGCAAGCUGUAAUAUUUAUGCAUUCCAAAUGGCAAAAAACAAUGUAAGUGUAAGUGUAGUCAGAGUCUUCUCUAUAUUUUUUUAGGAGUUGCUAAAAGCCAUCUACUCUACCAUAUGGCUCACAUAACUAACCAAGAGAAUUUGCAAGUAAUUGCAGAGCAAGGACCCUACUUAAAGCACUGGCAUUUUUCCAAGGAGAACACACUACCAUCAUUCUACAUAGUUAUAUCUGAGUUUCAUAUAUGACCACUUAUGAAGUAAUACCCAGAAAAGAGGGGACUGAAGGGCUGGGUUACUGCCUCCCAACACUCCUUACCACGCUGCUCAGCUCACACCAGUCCCCCAAGCUGCACUGUUCCUGCAGAUCAUCCUCCCCUUCCUCUGUGAUGUUUCUUUGCUGUCCUAUUGGGGUGUGUUGGUGGCACCCCAGGGACCCUGCAGGGCUGCCACAUGACACAUCUGGACAGUCAUUUGUUUCUGGGCUACUGUAUUAAUGCAGCAUUUGCCAACCCCUCCCAGACCUCGCGGUGCAUAAGGUGCACCGAUCCUCACAUGUUUCUGUGGCAAGGUCCCUGAGCAGUCUACCUGGGCCCCUGCACUCACUCCAUCUAUGGGGAGCCACCACUCGCGGCACUUCACCAGUGAAGAUCAAUCUUGCCACCACACAGCAGCAUUUCCCCAACUUGUGCACUAUGUAAAUCAUCCACGUCACUUAAAUAAUGCAGAGAACCACACACACAUUUAGGCAAUUUCAGAGCUGGCAGAAGAUCUUGGUGAAACUAUACAACUCAAAUUACGCUUAGAAAAAAUUACUUGUUGAUGGUCUGGUCUUAUAAACUCCUUGUAGGGUCCACAGAGCACCAGUCAUCAGGCAGAGCUUUGCUGCACAGUGCCCCAAGCAGCUGGGCUUCCCCUUCCCCUGCCCUUGGGGUACCCUCCCAUCACACUGUUUUUAAGCUUAAGAGGAAAUGUUCUUAGGCAGGUUUAGUGAUACUGGGUGAUACUGGCUUGAAUGUCCAUAUUACUGCAAAGCAACUUAAAGUGUUUCUAUGAUAUUACACUCUAACCAGCUGUAUGGCAAAUGUGUUUGUUUCGUCUCAGUAAAAACAGCUUUCUUACAUAAGUGGAGUCAGUUUAAAUAGGUUUUUUUUCUGUUAUGAAGAUCCUUUGCAAUGAGUUUGUUCCCUGCAAAACAGAAACUGGAUAAAAUUUAUUUAUAAUUUCCUAUAUUACAAAAAUCUUUCUUUCCUAAGUAGGAGAUACAUAAAAUCAAGGGGGUUUAAUGUUCAUAGGAAAAUAAAUACAGUUUCUCUUUUUAUUAUUAUGAAGUUCUGUUAUGUCUAAAUUUUUAUAACAACUUAAUUAAGACCAUGAAUCUACACUAGCCUUCACAGCAGCUGCCUCAGAUAAAUUACAUAUAAGAACCAGUCAAUAUAUUUUCUUGUGGGCACGUUACCACUUUCCCAAACUGCUUGGACUGCUUGGUUUAAGCUGCAUAGUAAUUCAGAAUUUGGGUUUUAACUUUUUAAUCUGGUACAUAUACCCUCCCUACCUACUCUUGAACAAUUAAUAGAAUUUGUUGCCUUAAUACCUGGAAAUCAGACAACAUUUGUGAGGAGUACUUUGAUUUGCAAAUUUAACUUGCCUCAGAGAUCUCACCGAAAUUUACAUUUACAUUAGGGUCACUACAUGAACUAUCCCAUCUAAAUUAAAUAAAUGCAUGAAUAAAUGUAGGACUCCAGCCUUGAAGUCUUUACUCAUUUAUUUUCAAAGAAACAGGGGGCGGGGAGGAGAGAUGUGUUUCAAUCAUUAUUGAAUUAUGUACCAUUUACAUGAUAUUCAUAUCAUUUUUUCCUCUGGACAUGAUUGUGAUGCCCUUGUGAUGUGCUUCCUCAUGUGAAGAUGUCUCAGUUUAGAUGGCCUCACACUACUUUUGUCUGCAUGCUUUCCAAGCCCUUAAUACAGAAAUAAAUAAUUUAUGUGAUUUUCUAUCCUGCUUUCUCACUGUGCAAGAGAUGGUAUUUUACUACCUUUUUAUGUUCUCCAAAACGUUUGUUGUAAAGAAACAGAGGCAAAGCAGAGUUUUUCCAUUAGUCUGGAAAACAUCUGCAUGGCUCUCCUUUGCUUCUUGAGAGAUGUAGGGGAACUUCAUCUCACUCUAAAUUUCUUACUCUUAUUCCAUGCUUGCAACUUGCUCUACAUCUGUUGAUUGUUUAGUUGCUUAAUUGGGAGAGCAUUGUUAUGAAAGACCCCAGACCUUUGAGGCGAGGUAGUAAAAGUCGGUGUCAAGGUCUGAUUGCACAGACAGUCUGAAGAGAAGAAGAGGAAACCCAGCUGGUUUGUCCAUGG